AUGGGUCAACACCCAAGCCUCCAACGCUUCAAUCCAAAAGAAGUCUUUGCCUCUCCAGAAGAAGUCCGUGCGCGCCUCCUCGACCACCUGUAUCAAAGAUCCGAUGCUCACCGUCGCCUCUCCCUCCGCGACUUAUUUCAAGAACAAUGUUCGCAGGAAGGCAUUAAGUCCAACAGCGACAUCAAAGUCACACCUGCAGUAUGGACACCGGCCACUUUCGCCUCCACGCUUGCAAAGUACGAUCCGUCGCUCGUCGACGCCUUCAACGACGCCGCGCCAUUACUUUAUAAAUUGACCCUGCGGCACGGGGCCUAUCCCUUCCGGCAUACAGAAGGCACCCAGAAAGAGCUGACACUCGUCACAUUCAUUACUGCUCUGGCCAUGCUAUCACAUCCCGCCGAGCACCUGGCCGACCGCUGCUCAAUCUGCCCACGCAGAGAAAUCUGGACGCCCGACGACCGUAUCCGCCUCUAUUUUCAAAGUAUCGCCACAGUUCCCACGGAUCAGUGUGCUGUUACUGCUCCUGAUGAUGGAGUCCUCGUAGUCGACGAUGACAAAGAUCUCCUAGACGUCAUGGAAAACACAAUGCCACCCGAAGAGAAGGUUCGGUACCUCCGCACCACCUUCAAAGGCGCCGCGGCGCUGCUUCCGCCCUCGGGCGCGGCGGACCAGCUCAACGACGCCGUUGUGGCGCCGCGCGAUGUGCGCGCACUAAUUGGCUUGAUGGUCGCACUGGCGAUGCGGGGCAUGGGCUUUGGUGUCUCCUCGGCUUCGCUGACCUGGCAUGAAUACACGGCCGAGCCCUGCCUCCUUGACCCUCUCCGCGAUUACAUCGGCGACCGCUUUGGCUUGCGCGGCUAUGGCCGCCGCUACAUUCAUCCAGAUAACCUCCCCCCCUUCCGCGCCCUCGUAUCCUCCUCCAAGAUCCUCUCCCCGCCGCAAACAGUCCAGCUACUCGCGCUAUUACACGUCCCACAUCCCGCAGUCUUCGGCUCGCGAGUAUACGCUCAUGUUCCGCGCACCGAGGCACAAACACAGGCACAAGCGCUCUCACGCCUCCUCCAAGACAAGACCGAUCGUCUCGUCCUGCUCUCAGCAGCAGAAGUAGACGCAGACGCAACCGCGCAACACACGUUCGCCAUCUACCUCUGCAGCAAAGCCAGCACCAGCACCAGCACCAGUAAAUACAGCUCGCUCCCGCAAUUAUGCUCGCUCUCGUUCUCGCUCGCGCCACGCCAGCGCGUCCUCUUCUCCUCCUCUGACGAUGGCUCAGGCAGUUUUGACAGAAACGGUAGACAUGAAGGCAGUGAGAUUGCGGAAGUAGAGACAAGUGGGGAGGGCUCUUGUAAAGGAGCAGAACAAACGGAAGAAAUAGGAGGAAGCAACGGAGCAGGCGACAGAAGAAAUAACGCCGUCGCCUUAACCGAAAGUGGAGAGUUGCGUAUUGCGCACGGGUCAGGGUCAUGGGUGUUCAGGCCGGAUAUGGCGCGUGUCAGGCUUGCUUAUCCUCUUCCUCUAAAGAAGCAGACGGGACACAAGAACUCUAUUGGAAAAGAAGAGAAAGAGUAUACUGUGAGCGCGGUGGAGGUGUGGGAGACUUGA